AUGGUGCAAGACUACCUCACGCUAGGCUGGACCGUGCGACUCCCCCUACUACAAACCCAUGCGCCAUGCGCGCUCGCCGCCACAACGCUAACCUCGGUCCUCGGCGCCGCUCGCACACUGCACUCGUACGUCUACGUCGACUUUGCGAGCGGCUCCGGCGGGCCCACGCCCUACAUCGAGCGGCAUGUCAACCGGCAGCUGGAGUCGCGCGGAGAGGAGCCCGUGGCGUUCGUCAUGACGGACAUCAGCCCGCAUGUGGCGGCGUGGGAGGGCGCGGUCAAGAAGAGCGGGAGCGGGUUCUUGGGGUUCGUGGCUGAGGGGGUGGAUGCUACGAGGGCGCCGGCGAGGGAGGUGUUGCUUAGGGGGGUGCCUGGGGGAGAUAGGGUGGGGAAAGCUGGGAAGAAGGGCCGCGAGAAGAGGGUGAUGCGCUUGUUUAGUCUUGCGUUUCAUCAUUUUGACGAUGAGUUGGCGGUCAGGGUCCUGAGGGAUACGAUGGAGAGGGGGGAUGCGUUUUGUAUCUUCGAGCUGCAGUCCCGCAACCUUGCUUCGCUGUUCAUGGUGUCGUUACUGUGGCCGCUGGCUAUGCUGCUCGCGCCCAUCUACUUCUGGCGGAGACCGGCUCAUUUGUUUUUCACCUACUUGGUGCCGCUGGUGCCGUUCGUGUGGGUGUUUGAUGGCCUGGUUUCGUGUUUGCGGACGAGAACGGUGGAGGAAAUCGAAGCAUUGAUGGUGCAAGCUGUGGGCGAGGAGGGGCUACGGGGCUGGAAGGUCAGGAGUGGUGAGGAAGUGCAUACCGUGGGCAUUGGCAAGCUGUAUUGGUCGGUGGUGACGAAGGAGGACUAG